AUGCAUCUUGCAACAGGAUUGGCCGUGGCUUUGCCGUUCAUUGGCGCUGCCAGUGCGCAAUACUUCCCCCCGCCUGUUGAGGGUGUCACUGUGGUCGAGUCCAAGUUCGAUAAGAAUGUGAAGAUCACUUAUAAGGAGAAUGACAUUUGUGAAACCACUGAGGGAGUGAGAUCAUUUACUGGUCAUGUCCACCUCCCUCCAAACAACAAUGACUUCGGUGUCAACCAGAACUACUCCAUCAACACCUUCUUCUGGUUCUUCGAGGCCCGUGAAGAUCCUAAGAAUGCUCCUCUCUCCAUCUGGCUGAACGGUGGCCCCGGUUCUUCAUCCAUGAUUGGAUUGUUCCAGGAGAACGGGCCUUGCAUGGUUAACAAUGACUCUAACUCUACUACCAAUAACCCCUACUCAUGGAACAAUAAAGUGAACAUGCUUUACAUUGAUCAGCCAAACCAAGUUGGCUUCAGCUAUGAUGUGCCUACCAAUGUCACUGUCAACCCCAUUAAUGACGAAGUAACAGUUGCUGAUUUUUCAAACGGCGUGCCCGAGCAAAACAACACCCUGCUAGUUGGAACUCUCGGUAGCCAGAAUCCAUAUGCCACUGCCAACAAUACUCAGAACGCUGCUCGUUCUAUCUGGCACUUCGCACAGGUGUGGUUCCAGGAAUUCCCUGAAUACAAGCCCAACAACGACAAGGUCAGCAUCUGGACUGAGUCCUACGGAGGAAGAUAUGGCCCUGCCUUCACCUCCUACUUCCAGGAGCAAAAUGAAAAAAUCAAGAACCACACCAUCACAGAGGAAGGCGAAAUGCACAUUCUCCACCUCGAUACUGUCGGCAUCAUCAACGGCUGUGUCGAUCUCAUGGAACAGGCCACGAGCUAUCCUGAUUUUGCAUACAACAACACAUACGGCAUCAAGGCUUAUAACCAAAGCCAGUAUGACAGUAUGAUUAAUGAGUUCUACCGCACUGGUGGCUGCCGUGACCAGCUCAUCCACUGUCGCGAUGUUGCUGCCGAAAGUGACCCUCACUUCUACAGCCACAAUGAGACUGUCAACAAGAUCUGUAAUGAUGCUGGGGACUUCUGCGGCCAGAAGCUAGAAGAUGCAUUUGAAAGUGCCAAUCUUGGGUUCUAUGACAUUGCCCACCCUCUCAAUGAUCCCUUCCCUCCACAGUUCUACAAGGGCUACCUUAGCCAAGCCCACGUCCUCGCCGACAUGGGGAUGCCAGUCAACUUCUCUCAAGCCUCCGAUGCCGUGUGGAAGGCUUUCCAUACCGUUGGUGACUACGGUCGUGGUGAUGUCCGCGGCUAUAUUGAUGACCUGGCUUAUCUCCUCGAAAAUGGCAUCAAGGUUGCCCUUGUCUAUGGUGACCGAGACUACAUCUGUAACUGGUUUGGUGGUGAGAAGGUCAGUCUUGCUCUCAACUAUACCGGUACCGAAAACUUCCACAAGGCAGGAUACACGGACGUCAAGGUCAACUCUCAAGUUGGUGGCCAGGUCCGUCAGUACGGAAACUUCUCUUUCACCCGCGUUUACGAAGCUGGCCACGAAGUCCCUGCCUACCAGCCUGAAGUAUCCCUGGAGAUUUUCCAUCGUAUCAUGUUCAACAAGGACAUCGCUACCGGAGAAAUCGACAUUGCUCAGAAACCCGACUACUCUACUACCGGGACCGCUGAUACGUUCCACAUCAAGAACGAUAUCCCUCCAGAGCCAGAGCCAACCUGCUAUGUCCUCUCAAUGGGCCGAACUUGCUCCGAGGAACAGGUUAAGGCAGUCAAGGAUGGAACUGCAGUGGUUGAGAAUUACAUUGUGAAGAGCCCCGCUGGAAAGAAGCAAGGCCCUCCACCAACCUCUACCUCUCCUCCAUCUCCAACUUCUAGCAGUGAAGGAUCCGUAAAGGAGUUCUCUGUUUCUGUGUUGGGAGUGUCGGUUCUCGCCGCCAUCACCUUCUUCUUGUAG